AUGACGAGUUCGUCAGAGGACGCAAUCGGACGGAGGUCAGAAGUUGCCGAGAGACCAAUGCGAGCACAAAACUUGUGCUCGAUCUCCGCGUUGGAAACGAUCGGAGGUGGAGGGUUGGGACCAGCUGCGACUGGCGGCGCUCUUGGACGAGGCGACGUGCCAGAGGCAGAUGGCGGCGAGGCUUUUGGGGGAGGCGGAGCCGGAGCCGGAGACGGAGGCGGAAGUGGAAGGGGUGGGAUGCGCGGAGAAGAAACAGAGGAGGUGUCGAUUCGAGCCGAGCCAAGCCAGCCGAGAGAACCACCCUCUCCAUUUUCCGGCGGGUCCCUCACAGGACGCGUGUCGAUAUCUGGGUGGUACGCUCUCGCCACGUCAGCAGAUGACGUGGAGCUCACGAACCACUGA